AUGGAUCUGUUGGUUCUUAUCAGUGUACGCUUACUAUUUCUUCUAAUAAACGCAGCAGCCCUAUUCAGUGCAACUCACUUGCUGUGUUUAAACACCCUAAAGUGUAUCAUCAGCGAUGUGAAAACUGUCGACGACUUGUUCGUACUUCAAUAUGUCGCGAAAAACAUUUACUUUGUUGUGUUUGAACGAGUGCAGAUGGAGCAUCUCGACACAGCGCUGCUAAAUCGUGUGGGAGAUAGUGGUCGAAAUGUUAUCAUACAACAAUCAGAGACGCUUGCACGACUAUGCAUUUCUGCUGAGUCCACGGUAGUAACGUUUUAUGCAAAAUCGACGUCUUUAAAGAGUAUCCAUUUUGAGACAAACCAUCACCUGCGUUUGUUGUCCGUUUCGUACAGCAAAAUCGUGACCAUACCGCCAACCGUACACAGAGGGAUUGGCUUGAGCACUUUUGAAAUUUCCAAUUCUGCGAUUCGAAAGCUCGAUUUGGCAUUGUUUUGUGAUAUACCGCUGUUGAAAGUUUUGGAUUUCAAUGCGAACAAAAUACGCGGCGUGGUGAACAGCUGUCGACGAGUGUGUAAAGUGUAUGAUUCGCUGAAAAAGUUGAUUUUGUCAAACAAUCUAUUAAAAACAGUAAGCAUGAACCAUUUUCGACCAUUUGUGCAGCUCGGUGAGUUGCGAUUAAAUGAUAACUUAAUUCGAUUGCUAACAGGAACGUUUGCUUCCGACAUGCUGCAAGAGUUAGACGUCUCCGAUAACAAGCUGAAAGCUUUCUCUCUGUGUCAAUGGAGAAUUCCGUUCCUUACCGUGCUUUUGCUAAAUUUAAACCAACUUACAGCGUUACCCGCGUGUUUGGACAAUCUGAAAAGCCUUAAGAAGCUGGAUAUGGAAAAAAAUCGUAUCUCGUCGAUCGAAUUUCGUGAUUUGGUUUGGAUGGACAACUUGGAGCUAAUUUUGCUAACCCACAACACAAUUCGUUCCAUCACGCUCAACAGCUCCGACUUUCCGAUGAAGCUAAAGAAAAUAUAUGUUGAUCGCAACAACAUUACAGCGCUGAAUUUGCUGUUUGUUCCGGUAGAAGCGUUAGAAGUGAAUGCAGCAUAUAAUUUCAUUUCUAGCUUUAACAUAACUGCCACUUCAAAGCACAUCAAGAAGCUUAUCAUGCUAGGUAAUCCAAUGGAUUGCUCGUGGGACUACCCGGCAGAACGAAUGAGCAGUAAAUGUUACUACCAAAGCACGUGA